CACAUUUUCUUUCUGCAAUUUUCGGUAACAAAAAUGGCUGGAAUCGCUGGCAGUGUGCGGUGUGCGUUUGUUAGAAGUUCUUGCCUUUUACGAAAUGUAAUUCCAAAAAUUUCAGUAGCUGGUGUACAGAACAUGCACUUGGAUACAAAAAAACUGAAACAGUCUCAUAUACUUAAUGUGAAUCAGAACAUAGGGUCAUGGCAGACGCUUGUGGCCCGACAUUUCGCAGAUGCAAAACCUACUUUGGAUACCAUCCGAGAAAGGGUCCUAAAUGUUUGCAAGGCGUAUGACAAAGUAACAGCAGAUAAGACGAUGCUCGCUUCUAUAAGAUUUUACAGUUCAAAGGAUCCCCUGACACUUGAAUUUAUUCGUGACAGGGUGCUUUUGGUCCUAAAACUUUACGAUAAGGUUGACCCAUCAAAGCUCGCAUUAGAAUCACAUUUUAUCAAUGAUCUUGGUUUGGAUUCGUUAGACCAUGUUGAGGUCAUAAUGGCAAUGGAAGAUGAAUUUGGGUUUGAAAUCCCAGAUGUUGAUGCAGAGAAACUGUUACGGCCCGCAGAUAUUGUGCGGUACGUUGCGGACAAGGAGGACAUCUACGAGUGAUAAGUGUCCCGCCAGUAGACUGUGUACCAGAUACUGUAUUGUAGUUUGAGGACAAAUUGCCUUGGUCUCGGAGUGUUUAUCACACAACUCCAGUGAAGUGUUGCUUUUAUUUGCAGCUCAUUUUGAAGUUUGUUUAUGAUCACACUCUUAGCAGGUUACAUUUAAAAAAAAAGAAAUGUGAUUUUUUUUUUCAUUUCAAUUGUUACACAACAUGUUUCGUGAGAUAAAAAAGCAUGAAAUAUGUGAAAGAUAAAAAAAGAAUAGGCGAGCUUGUGAAUUUGUUCUGUUACAAAUAAACAUUUUUUUUGAA